AUCAAACCCUGGUCUCUUGUGUCUCCUGCCCUGGCAGGUGGAGCUCCACCUGGGAAGCCCACAUACAUUGGGAGUACUUAAGUGGUUCCAUCCUUCUGGGUGUGUUAUUUCUAGUGGGAAUGGUGCAAGAAGCCUAGAUUUGAAUUCUGGUCUACUACAUGGAAUAAAUUUAGCCCUUGUUCCUUAUCUGGACCCUGGGUUACCCAUUCCCUGAGGCCAUCUGUUUUGGGUGGGGGCCUGUGCCAGGCUACACCUGGCCACCAGAUAAAGCAGAGCAGAAAUGGGCCCAAGGUGACCUGAGGACAGCAGGUCUGGUAUGAAGUUUGGCUUUUACGGGGAGCAUCAAAGGUUCAGAAACAGCUGGAGCCCUAUAUGCUGGGGAAAGUUGGAGGAAGGGAAGACUGCAGGAGAAGAAUUCCCCAAUACUACUUUUGCAGCUUACUUGGUAGAGAGGAACCUAUGCAUUAAGACAAACAUUUAAGGAAGGGAUGCAGAUUAGUAAGGCCUGAUAGAGCCAUUAUCUUACAAGGAGAGCGGGGGUGCUGUUCUAGGUACCAGUGAUGCGACAGUGAAGACAGGCAGGGGAGAGGGUAAAGAACUGGAAAACACACUGAGGAGGCUGAGCUGCCCAUGCCCCCAGGGCUGCUGACCUUCUCCACCACAAACACUCUGCUGAUGCUGUGCCCCCUUCUCUCUCAUCAGCCGACCCUGCGGUGCAGACAGACGGCAGCCCUCUUUGCUGCCAUUUCCACUUCAGCCCCAAGGUGAUGUUCACCAAGGUCCUGAAGGCCCAGCUGUGGGUGUACCUCCGGCCCGUGCCCCGCCCAGCCACGGUCUACUUGCAGAUCUUGCGACUGAAACCGCUAACUGGGGAAGGGACUACAGGGGUAGGGGGCGGAGGCCGGCGUCACAUCCGUAUCCGCUCACUCAAAAUUGACCUGCACUCACGCUCCGGCCACUGGCAAAGCAUCGACUUCAAGCAAGUACUACACAGCUGGUUCCGCCAGCCGCAGAGCAACUGGGGCAUCGAGAUCAACGCCUUCGAUCCUAGUGGCACAGACCUGGCUGUCACCUCCCUGGGGCCGGGAGCUGAGGGGCUGCACCCUUUCAUGGAGCUCCGAGUCCUAGAGAACACAAAGCGGUCCCGGCGGAACCUGGGCCUGGACUGCGACGAGCACUCGAGCGAGUCCCGCUGCUGCCGCUACCCCCUCACGGUGGACUUUGAGGCUUUUGGCUGGGACUGGAUCAUCGCCCCUAAACGCUACAAGGCCAACUACUGCUCCGGCCAGUGCGAGUACAUGUUCAUGCAAAAGUACCCGCACACCCACCUGGUGCAGCAGGCCAACCCGAGGGGCUCUGCCGGGCCCUGCUGCACACCCACCAAGAUGUCCCCCAUCAACAUGCUCUACUUCAACGACAAGCAGCAGAUUAUCUACGGCAAGAUCCCUGGCAUGGUGGUGGAUCGCUGUGGCUGCUCCUAAGGUGGGGGACAGUGGACGCCUCCCCAGCAGACCCUGCCCCUAGACCCCCCAGCCCUGACCCCCUGCUCCCCAGGCCCUAGAGCUCCCUCCACCUUCAGAUGUAACAUCACCCGUGUGCCCUGCCCACACGGUGUGCAGUGCGAGCGAGGGAGGCAGGUGGGGGACUGAGGGGCGAGGGGUUUGGGG